AUGUCAAGAGGACGAUCAACAUCUUUUGAUAGUCAAGAUGAGAAAACAAGGUCGAAUGUUUUUCAAAUAGAUGUUAUAUCACACACAAGUAUAGAUAAUCAUGUAUUAAAUAAUACUGAAAUAAAUGUUGAUGAUAAUAAAAUUUUAUUAUCACCAAAUAAAACUAAUCUUCAUCGAAAUUUAAAAGAACGACAUAUGAUUAUGAUUGCAUUAGGUGGAACAAUUGGUACUGGAUUAUUUUUAGCAUCUGGACAAGUAUUAGCAUCAUCAGGACCUGGUGGUUCUCUUAUUUCUUAUAGUAUUGUUUCAAUUAUGGUUUAUUUUGUUAUGACAACUUUAGCUGAACUUUCAACACAAUAUCCAAUAAGUGGUUCAUUUAGUACAUAUGGAAGUCGUUUUGUUGAUGAAGCAUUUGGUUUUGCAUUAGGUUAUAAUUAUUAUUUAGCUGGUGUAACAGUAAUUGCUAGUGAAUUAAUAGCUGCUGGAAUUAUUGUACAAUUUUGGUUACCACAUUUUCCAACGAUUAUUUGGUCACUAUUAGGAAUGAUAAUAAUGUUUAUAUUAAAUGCAUUUACAGUAAAAAGUUAUGGAGAAGCUGAAUAUUGGUUUGCUAUGAUUAAAGUUUUUACUGUUAUAAUAUUUAUAAUAGUUGGUUUAUUAGUUGAUAUAGGUGUACUUGGACAUGUUAAAAUUGGAUUUCAUAAUUGGAAAAUUGAUGGUGCACCUUUUUAUAAAGGUAUAAGUGGAAUUGUUACUAGUUCAAUUGCUUCGAGUUUUGCAUUUGGAGGUACAGAAACUGUUGGUGUAACAGCAGGUGAAAGUGCAAAUCCUCGUCGUGAUGUUCCACGUGCAAUGCAUGGAACUGUUUGGCGUAUUAUUUUAUUUUUUGUUGGAUCAAUUUUUAUAAUGGGUCUUGUUAUUCCAUAUAAUGACCCUAGUUUAGUUCAUAAUGAAGUUAAAAGUAUAGAUGUAUCACCAUUUACACUUGUUUUUAUUAAAUCAGGUCUUAAA